AUGAUGAAGACUGCAACUUUAAUUGUCCUCUUCGUGCAUGCCGCUGUCUCAUUUGAUAUACAGCAAGGAGUUGAUGAAACUACUCAGGCGAUAGAAGAAACACAACGAGGGCGCCGAGACGUUAUAGAAGAGGAAAAGUACUAUAAUAUUCGAACUGAAAAUCGGAGAGACAUUAACCAUCAACCAUGGCUGCCCGCGCCUCUUCCACCUGAAGACCCAACCACAAAGAUUUCUAUCACCAACUACUCCCCUGAACCAUUCUAUCAGACCACAGAAGCUAUCACAGACAAACCAACAGGCAGAGGUGCGAGAGCGUCAAAUGAUAAUUGGGUAAAACUUCCUUAUCCCAACCAAAACGACGUCCAUCGAGAGGACAUACUGACUCCUCCAAAGCCUCCAAACGACCUCAUCAACUCACGAAUGCCCAGAGUCAACUUCGUAACCCAAAACAAACAGUUAGAAGCUUCCGAAUCAAGAAAUGAUAAACAGGCCAUACAAAGAGCAACACGUACCGAUGAUUUAAGGACCGAGUUCGUUCGUCCCGAAGAAGACAGAACGCAGUACAAGCCAGUGUACCCACGACAAGCCGUUUAUUACCAGGAAGACAACAGACGAUAUUCCAAUGAUCGAUAUUAUGCCCCUGACGAUUUAUAUAGACGCGACCCGUAUGAUCUAUACGACCGCAAGAGGUAUUAUCCAGGCGCGUCGAGAGCGGACAGAUACGACGAAACAUACGACAACUAUGUGCCAAGGAAACCGAAGCGGAUAAUAUACUACGCGCAUCUUCCUGAAGUUGUUCGCACACCGCCCAGCGUUGAUUUAAGAUAUCGCUACUCCGUUGACCCGUACAGGCGCUUCGACGAUGAUUAUAGCGCGAGAACCGGUCGGUUCGACUACAGAUUCAGAAAUAGGUAUCCUUACGCGCCAGUAAGGAAAGACGAACGUAGAUUCGGUUAUAGAGAUUUAGCUGGCGCCAGCACAGCCAAUAAAGACAAGAAGAUUGAGGAUAAAGUAACGCCUACACCGAUCUUGCCUCAGAAAGAUGACAAGUACAAGCCGACAGUAAACAGUAAUAGGAACACGAUAAAUAGUCAUCAGUACCACGACACUGGUGACACUUUUAAUGACCAAUUAGCUCAUAAAGGUUUUAAGGAGCCCGGACGAUCAGAUGACAGCUACCAUAGAUUCGAAGAACCGUUUUUCCACAGCGCAGUAGAUAAUUCGUAUCAAAGGAAAUACUGA